CGGCACCCAAUAGUCACCGCCCUCACAAGCCAACUGCCCAGACGCCAUCGACGCGACGACGACGACGACGAUGACGGCGGGUCAGCCCCUCCGCGCCGAUCCCCAGCAGCGCCGCCACAGCCUGCCGGCCCUCCACCCCGCCGUCGUGCCUUCCUACCCGCCCCCGGAGUCCGACAACGACGAGUCCUGGGUCUGGUCCCAGAUCAAGGCCGAGGCGCGCCGCGACGCCGACGCCGAGCCGGCGCUCGCCUCCUUCCUCUACGCCACCGUGCUCUCUCACCCGUCGCUCGAGCGCUCCCUCUCCUUCCACCUCGCCAACAAGCUCUGCUCCUCCACCCUCCUCUCCACGCUCCUCUACGACCUCUUCGUCGGCUCCCUCGCCGCGCACCCCACCAUCCGCGCCGCCGCCGUCGCCGACCUCCUCGCCGUGCGCUCACGGGAUCCCGCCUGCGCCGGCUUCUCCCACUGCCUCCUCAACUACAAGGGCUUCCUCGCCGUCCAGGCCCACCGCGUCGCGCACGUCCUCUGGGCGCAGAACCGCCGCGCCCUCGCGCUCGCGCUCCAGUCCCGGGUCGCCGAGGUCUUCGCCGUCGACAUCCACCCGGCCGCCGCCAUCGGCAAGGGCAUCCUCCUGGACCACGCCACCGGGGUCGUCAUAGGCGAGACCGCCGUCGUCGGCGACAACGUCUCAAUCCUCCACCACGUCACGCUGGGCGGGACCGGCAAGGCGGUGGGCGACCGGCACCCCAAGAUCGGGGACGGUGUUCUGAUUGGCGCCGGGGCGACGAUCCUGGGCAACGUGCUGAUUGGCGCCGGGGCCAAGAUCGGUGCCGGGUCGGUGGUGCUCAUCGAUGUGCCGCCGAGGAGCACCGCGGUGGGGAACCCCGCAAGGCUGAUCGGCGGGAAGAAGGGCGACGACAUGCCUGGGGAGUCCAUGGACCAUACCUCCUUCAUACAGCAGUGGUCAGACUACACCAUUUGAGACAUUGAGCAGAGCAAGAUGCCACUGUCCUCCUCUGUAACCUAUAAUACUGAACUGGUGCUGGUCUCAAAGUUGUUCUUACUAUAAGAUCUGCCUCCGGUGAGGAGAAGUGAACCAUACCGUACAUUGCCAUGCUCAACCCCGACAAAUGUACUGAACUGAAAGCACCCUAUACCUGUAAUUUUGCGAGAUGCAAUGGUCAUUAUUCAGAUUGGCAUCCUUGAGGUUUUGUAAUACUCGCAUAGAUAGUUUUGAGGACAUAGUUGCUGUUGGUACUUGGAACAAAUUAAAUUGCUCGUGUCCGGACAAAUGUGCUGAAACUUCUUUCU